UUCUGGGGGCUGGAAAAAAAAUGAGUGAUUACCUCUUGAGCCAAUCAGACCAGGGCUAAAGCAGCCGCGCGGGCCAGAAAACCCAAUCAGAAUCGAAGAAAGCAAGGAGGGCGUCGGAAAGUGGCGGGGCUAUCCGCUAUCAGGUUAGGUUGAGGGUCUUUUCCCCUCCCUCCUUCUUUGGCUCGGACUCCACUGAGAGCUCAGAUGGGCUUGGUCAGUAGCUGGAUUUGGUACUGGUUGGAGGCUGUGACUUGAGUCAGAAUGUAACGCGAGGAAUAGUUUGUAAACCGAGUCCAAAUGUUGACUUCAUAUCAUUUGGAGCGAUAAUAUAUAUAUUUUUAAAAAAAAACACUUUUUAAAAAAUGACUGAUAUUAAUAAAACAAUACAAAAAUGGCACGCAAGUUUCAAAAAGGGUACAGACUUCGAUUCCUGGGGACAGUUAGUGGAAGCUAUCGACGAGUACCAAAUACUAGCCAGGCAUUUGCAGAAGGAAGUGCAGUCAACAGCCAACUCUUCUGAACUCUCAGAAGACCAAAAGAAAACACUCGGCAAAAUAGCGACAUGCCUUGAAUUACGAAGUACAGCUUUGCAGACAGCACAAACUCAGGAAGAAUUCAAAUUGGAAGAUCUAAAGACGUUAGAGCCAAUUAUAAAGAACAUUCUUUCUUAUAACAAAGAUUUCCCUUUUGAUGUUCAACCUGUCCCUAUAAGGAAAAUCUUGGCACCCGGAGAAGAGGAGAACUUGGAGUUUGAGGAAGAGGAGGAGGGCGGAGCAGGAGUGGGGUCACCUGAUCUUUUCACCACCAGAGUUCCAGGAGCCGUUGAAGGUACCCUACUACCACGGCUGCCCUCAGAACCAGGCAUGGCACUGCUCACUAUUAAAAUAGAAAAAAUUGGUCUCAAGGAUGCAGGACAGUGUAUCGAUCCCUACGUAACAGUCAGUGUAAAAGAUGUCAAUGGGGUAGAUCUGACCCCUGUACAAGAUACCCCAGUUGCUACUAGGAAAGAAGAUAUGUACGUACACUUCGCUGUUGAUGUGGAAAUCCAAAAACACAUAGAGAAACUGCCAAAAGGUGCUGCUAUUUUCUUUGAAUUCAAACAUUACAAACCUAAAAAGCGAUUCACAAGCACAAAAUGUUUUGCUUUUAUGGAAAUGGAUGAAAUCAAAGCUGGACAGAUGGUUAUAGAACUAUACAAAAAGCCAACAGACUUCAAGAGAAAAAAGUUGCAUUUGCUAACCAAGAAACCACUGUAUCUCCACCUCCAUCAGACAUUGCACAAGGAGUGAUCUGCUAUAUGUGCUGUGGUACAUGGGCAAACAUUGUGGUAAAUCUGUGUGUGUACAACAGAACUAGCACUGUGUAGCACGUUUAUGAUCCAAUACUUGCAAUAAGAAUACAGUAUCAUUGUUAAAUGUCCCAUGAAGACAUCGAGUCCCAAGCUGCUGCAAUUCAGGAAAAUAUUUCAUACUGGUUAACAUUGCCAUUUUAUAUCAUUUUAAUAAUUAAUCCUGGAAUGUUGGCAGAAUUACUGUUCGGUGUGCUGAAGAAUGAAAAAUACCUACACUACCUGUGGUAGCUAAUACAGCACUUGUUAACUUAUUUAAACUGAAGGAAUUGCUGAAAUCAUCUUGGAGGCAGUAGCUUUCUGUAGUUAACUAUUACAGUAAAAUCAAGUGCACAAAGGAAGGAUUUCUGGUGUACAGGUGAGUGGGAAUAUUAUAUAGUGGUACUUCCAAACAGCCAGAAGGGUAUUUGUUGAAACAAAAGUCACUCAGAUGCUUUGCUAAAAAUGUAUUUGAAGUGCCAGAGUGCAGUGUGUUGGCCAAAGCUCUUUCUAAAAAAUGUAUUCUAUGUCUAAUCAUUGCACUACAACAGCAUGUAGCAUCCUGUUCAAUAAUAAUUUGUGGAGUUUAUAA